GGCGAAAUGAAAGCAUCGGUUUUGGACGCAAAGCAAAGUCUGAACGAUAUUAUGAAACACGAGGUCAAAGAACUGGGUCCUCAUGUACUCAUUUGUACGAUUGGUUUCUUCAUGAACUCAACCGAACGACAGAAUUACCGAAAGUUCUUUAAGUUUCAGGUUUUGAAACCAUUGGACGUGAAGACCAAGUUCUAUAACGCAGAGAGCGAUGAGGUCUACUUGGAAGCACUGCUCCAGAACAUGACCACAACUCCCAUGUGUUUGGAAAGAGUGAUGUUAGAGCCGUCUCCUUAUUUUGAUGUCAAACCUAUGAACACAAUCGUAGCCGAAGACAAUGUGGAGCACUGGGUGUUCGGCAAAGUGAACCGAUUUAAUAGUCAAGAAUGUCGUCAAUACCUGUUUUGUCUGACACCCAAACCUAACAUUAAAUACAAUUCGAGUGUUUUAAAAAACUUGACUGAAAUCGGAAAACUUGAUAUCAUUUGGGUGACGGGUAUUGGAGAGCGCGGACACCUCCAGACCUCACAACUCGAACGAAUGCCGCCGAAUUAUGGAGACAUGAAGUUAAUGAUCGAAAGAAUAGAAAGUAAAGCGAGUCUUAAGUCCAAAUUCGAGGUCACAUUCCGUCUCAUAAAUUGCUGGUAA